UUAUCUCAGGUUUUCAUUCACCAACUUUAUUUGCGUUUUGUAUUGUGUUGUGUCCCUCGGGAUCCAGGCCUUUUGGGGAUGGUUGCCCACAUGAUGUUCACCACGGCCUUUCAGCUGGCUGUGGCUAUGGGUCCGGAGGACUGGAGGCCCAAGACCUGGGACUACAGCUGGUCCUACAUGUAUGUACGGACUAGGUCACUUACCGAUACACUAGGUGCUGUACAAUAGGAGUUGUCUCUGAUUAAACUCUAAUACCCAGCUAUGUGAUACUUGUGCAAUUUUAAGCGACGCUAGCAUUCUGAGGCCAUGUACAGUAGCACAGUCAUGAUGGAGAGAGCAUGCAUGCUGAGGUUAAUCACACCCUCUGUACUUCUUCUUCCCCCUCCCCAGCUUAGCAUGGGGCUCCUUYGCCACCUGCAUGGCUUCUGCGGUGACAGCACUGAACAGGUACACCAAGACCAUCGUAGAGUUCAAGUACAAGCGGCGGAACAUUGAGAAGAACCUGAGGAUCAAGCAGAAGCUGCUGGAGAUGGACCUGCCAGAGCAGAUGUGGGACAUGUACCUGACGGCUGUGCCUGCAAGGGGAGAAGGAAAUGCUGGGCCUCUGGACCUCCCUGUCAAUGGGCACAAACCCUCCACUGGAGCAGCCUAUGUAAUGGGCCUGGACAGCAUGACAGAACCACAGGGAGAGGCCUACUGCUAAGACAGUGGUCACCA